UGCCGCAUAUGCCUAUUGGAAAGCGACAUGGUCGACAUUCUUCUACCUGACAGCUCUGGCCACCGUUGGCAGAAUCAUAUAUCGAGUUUAUAUAUAUCCAGAAUUUCUGACCCCCCUCAAACAAAUCCCAAGCCCAUCUGGCCGGUCAUGGCUUCGUGGCAACUCGAGCAGCUUGACCUUGAAACAUAAUUGGAAGCAGAUGCGCCAGUGGCUUGAAGAAAUUCCAAAUGAUGGGUUGAUUCGCUACUACAUGGCCGGCAACAUCGAAAGGUUAAUCGUUACCAACCCCAAAGGACUGAGUGAAAUUCUGGUGACAAGGGCCUAUGACUUUGAGAAACCGCCUUUGGUACAGGCAAGCUUGGGACGUAUCACUGGUGAAAAGGGGGUGCUGUUGGUCGAAGGUGCUGAGCACAAGCACCAACGCAAAAAUCUGAUGCCUGCGUUUUCUUACCGUCAUGUCAAGAACCUGUACCCGAUCUUCUGGUCGAAAAGUAUAGAGAUGGUGCGAUGCAUCGAAGAUGACCUACGAAGCCGCAAGGACCCCUCCGACAACGUUGUCCGCGUGGCAACCUGGUCAAGUCGAGCCACCCUCGACAUCAUCGGGCUUGCCGGAAUGAGCCGCGACUUCAACUCCCUGCACGAUCCUACCAAUGAGCUGGCCCGACAAUAUGGCCGAAUCAAUGGUGCCCCGCCGACGAAGUUCGAGGAGGCUCUUUUCCUUCUGGGUCUUGUGUUGGGAGUACCAACAUGGGUUCACAAGCUGCCCCUGGAGAGGAACAAAUUCAUCCGUGAGGGUGCCGGUUACAUCCGCGCCGUGGCACUGCAGAUGAUCCGGGAAGCGAAGGACUUGAGGGAUCAUGAACACACCGGGCAGGCUAAGGAUGGGGUCGACAUCAUCUCCGCGGCCAUCGAAAGCGGCGGCUUUUCCGAUGAGGAGCUUGUCGAUCAGAUGAUGACUUUCCUCGCGGCUGGACACGAGACCACCUCGACCGCCCUACAAUGGUGCAUCUAUGCGCUGUGCAAAUACCCCGAAGUGCAGACCCGUCUCCGGAACGAGAUUCGCGCCAACCUGCCUUCUAUCUCCGUCGAGAACCCGGAGUCUCUCUCAGCUGAAACCCUGGACGCUCUGCCUUACUUGCACGCGGUCUGCAAUGAGGUUUUCCGCUAUCACCCAUCCGUCCCAGCCACAAUACGGGUGGCUAAUUGUGAUACAUCUCUGGUCGGCCACUCAAUCCCGAAGGGCACACUUCUUCUCCUACUUCCCGCUCUAAUCAACCACCAUAAGGAGUUGUGGGGUCCCGAUGCCGACAAGUUCGACCCCGAGCGCUGGCUGGGGCCUGGCAUGGCUAACACCGGCGGCGCCACCAGUAACCACGCCUUUCUGACGUUCCUGCACGGCCCUCGGAGUUGUAUUGGGCAGGGAUUUGCCAAAUCUGAGUUGGCAUGUAUGCUUGCUGCUUUUGUUGGUCGGUUCAAGUUUGAGCUGCAGAAUCCGGAUGCUGAGCUGGAGCUGCGCCAGGGUGCAACUGUUAGCCCGCGGGACGGCGUGCAGGUCAGAUUGACGCCCUUGGAAGGGUGGUAGACCUGGUGGGAGCGCUUGAUUUCUUGUAAUUAUAUAUUUGACGACAUAUGGAUCUUGAAUUUACUUUUGUCGCUAAUCAGAUCAGACCGUUUCGCUUUAAGACUCAGGCCGCUUUCUAUGUACAGAAUAUGGAGUGCUAUGUGCUGUCUAAAACUGUAUCAUCUGCAGAGCGAAAGCGUCUUUUCUGGACACUGUGUCCAAUCUAUAUCGCCAAAGAGAUAUUUUUAGGCCACGCCGGAGGCCUAUCGUGGAAGGGAAUGAAUCACCCCCAA